AUGUUCCGUCACAACGUAGCUCGCCUCAGCUCCGGGGAACCAAAUAGAAUCUUGGUCACCACGGCCACCGCCACAAUACCGAGAUACCUGUCCUGCGCAUUCCUCACACGACCGACACGCAGACUCCCCACGGCAAUCUCACCAUCAAUCCGAACACUCCAAACGCAACCCACACCCUCCGACUUCCGUCCCGCAGUACCUCCGUCCCCCUCCUCCCUUGGCGGGCCCCGAAAGGCGCGCACAUACACGCGCAGCCGAAGAUGGGCGCGCCGACUGCUCAUCACCGGCGCGGUGUUUGGCACCUUCUAUGCGAUCGACAGCUGGAUGUACGCCUCGGGCAUGCUAAGGUCGCUGCGCACCUUUAGAACGGGCCUAUUGGUCGCGCUCGACUACAAGAUCAACUUUCGGCCGGAUCCGCUGCCGCUGAUAGGCUCUUCGAUCACCAUCGAGGACCUGCACCGCCGAAACGCCGAGCGGCUUUUUGAGCUGCUGCGCAAGAACGGCGGGCUGUACCUCAAGAUCGGCCAGGCCAUUGCCAUGCAGAGCGCGAUCCUGCCGCCCGAGUUUCAGCGCAUGUUUGCGCGCAUGUUUGACGACGCCCCCUCGGUGUCCUGGGACAAGGUCGAGAGGGUCAUCAGGAAGGACUUUGGCGGGCGCUCCGUACAGGACGUUUUUGGCGUGAGCUUCGCCGGCGAGGACGGUCGUGGCGUCAUAGAAAGGUCGUCCAGGGCAAGUGCCAGCGUUGCGCAAGUCCACUGGGCGAGGUUGCCGGAUGGCACUGAGGUUGCUGUCAAGAUCCAAAGACCAGAGAUCGCCAAGCAGAUAGGCUGGGAUCUAUGGUCUUUCAAGGUUGUCACCUGGAUUUAUUCAUGGUGGUUUGACCUACCAUUCUAUGGCAUGGUGCCCUUCAUCACAGAGCGUUUGAGACUGGAGACGGAUUUUAUUAACGAGGCCAAAAACUCUGACACAAUGCGUGAGCUCAUCGCCGAUGAGCCUUCCUUACGUGGGCGCGUUUACAUCCCCAAGGUUUUCCCGGAGCUCAGCAGCAAACGUGUCCUAGUCACAGAGUGGAUAGAGGGUGUCAGGCUAUGGGACCGCGAGGCACUGACCAGACCCUGGUACGGCGGCUACAGCAAGGGCUCUUUGGGCGUGCACGGAACCCCACUUCCAUCCCCAGACAUGGCGGCCGUGCGGGCAGAGCUGCGCCGGAACCCGGAGAGCUCCAAACUCAAGCCGGAGCGUGACGAGUGGCGAGGCCGGAACGGCAAAGGAGGGCUCGGCCUCAGCAAGAAGGACGUCAUGACCAUCAUUGUGGACCUCUUCAGCGCGCAGAUCUUCAAGUUCGGCGUGGUCCACUGCGACCCGCACCCGGGCAACAUCUUCAUUCGCCGGCUGCCGGGCGGGCGGGCGGAGCUGGUGCUCAUCGAUCAUGGGCUAUACAUCUACUUGACGCCCAAGUUCCGGCGCGAGUAUUCGGUGUUCUGGAAGGCGCUCAUGACUUUUGACAACAAGACCAUUGCGAGGGUGUGCGACCAGUGGGGCAUUAAGGGGGCAGACCUAUUUGCAAGCGCGACGCUGAUGCGGCCGUACGAAGGUGGCGACGGAUACUACCGACGGCAACUGCUUGGCAUGGACUUGCCUGAGAGCAUGACGCCCAAGCAGCGGCGAUUCGAGAUUCAGAAGCGGAGCAAGCAGGCGGUGCGCGAGAUGCUGGCCGACGAGACCAAGUGGCCGAAGGAGCUCAUCUUCAUCGGCCGCAACAUGCGCAUCGUCCAGGGCAACAACCAACACAUGGGCUCCCCCGUCAACCGUGUCAAGAGGAUGGGCGAGUGGGCGAGCAGGAGCAUGUUUGAGGACCCGGAUCGGCCGUUCCGGGAACGCGUGGCCAACAUGUGGCGACACGCGCUGUUCAAGACGGUGCUGACGGCCAGCGACGUUGUGUUUUACUUUUUCAAGCUCCGGCAAUUCCUAGGACUCGGCGGCGGCAUGGAAGACGAGGUCGAGGCGAGGAUGAGGGAGAUGGCGGGGGAUUUCGGGAUCGAGCUGCAGCAUGAUGUGUUUGCUGGGUGA